AUGGCAACUGCGGCGGUGCUCCGUCCCUUUCUCCGCCGUUCGCCUCUUUCGUCACUCCUCUAUCUACCACGAGUCCUCACUUCUCACUCCCCUUCUCCACUUCCCUCUCCUUUAACACCUCACUCUCCAACCCCCGCCUCUCUCGACGCGUUCCGCACACGCGCUUUCUCAACUCGCUCUUUCAAUGACCGCGAAUCGGUAACUGAAUCGUUCGGUCUCGACUCGCCGGUUCACUCCGAGAUUCUGAAAGCAGUCGCAGACAGCGCCGGUGCCAGCGGCGAAGACAACCCCGUUUUCCCCAUCCGCGCGGUGAUUUCAUUGCUUGAAUCAUACCACGAUCUUACUGGAUUUCCAUGGUGGAUAACUAUAGUUUCGUCUACUUUGGCUCUCAGAACUGUUAUGCUUUUUCCGCUUGUUUUUACACUUCACAAGCUUAAAAGGAUUGCAGAGUUUGCACCUAAAUUGCCCCCUCCAUUCCCACCACCUUUCUCAGGAAAGAGUUAUAUGCGACAGAUGUCAUUCUUCGAGGAGAAGAGGAAAGCAAUUGGAUGCCCUUCAUAUGCAUGGCCACUAGUACCAUUUAUGGUUCAGAUUCCCUGCUUUUUCUUGUGGAUGAUUAGCAUAAGGAGGAUGUCACUGGAUGGUCACCCUGGUUUUGAUUGUGGCGGUGCUUUAUGGUUUCAGAAUUUAACUGAAUUCUCUAACGGUUAUUCAGGGUUCACCUUUCCUUUUCUGAUGGCUAGUUUGCACUACAUUAUUGUUCAGGUAUCCUUUAAGAAACCUUUGGUUGAAGAAACGGAGGACAUUUUUGGCUUGUUAUCCACUUACUACAAACGAUACUUGGACUUUCUAACACUGCCUAUAGCUUUCAUUGGCUUUUGUAUUCCUCAGGGAAGCCAACUCUAUUGGAUUACUAAUAGUUCAUUAACACUCGUUCAGCACUUUGCUCUUAGAAAUCCCACUAUCCUUGCAAAAUUGGGUUUACUUGACAAGAAUCGUCGAAAAGCAGCUUCCGGGGAAAUUGGUGCUUCUGAAACACCCCAUUUACUAGACAAUAGUACGGUAGCAGCUACCAAGGAAAAUGUUUCUCCCGAAAAGAACCCUCUGGAUUCACCUGAAAAGUGGCAGAAAAUACCUAUAGAGAACAUGUCCCCUGUAGAACUAACCACUCUCGCAGUCCCAUUUCUAUCUAGUAAUGAUAAAGAAAGUGCAAUACCUUUACUAAAACUAGCACUUGAUAAGGACCCUGAAUACUUGCGAGCUUUGGUUUUAAUGGGACGGGUUCUCUUGUUGAAGCAAAUAAAUGAUGAAGCUGUUGAAUACUUUGAGCGUGCAAUAUCAAAGCUUUCACUGGCUGGCCUACCAACUGAUCCAGAAGAGGUUGAUUUUUUGAUUCUUUCAUCUCAAUGGGCUGGAAUUGCCUGUGAACGACAGGGAAAGAAGGAAGAAGGACGUGUACACUUUGAAAGAGUGGCGAAUAUGGAAGAGCCCGAAGAUCCUACUAGUAAAGGCUAUUAUUUUGAUGGGUUGCUGCUGCUUGCCAGCACUUUAUAUGAUGCUGGUCAAAAGGCUGAAGCUGCAAAGUAUCUGCGUCUUGUUGUUGCUUAUAAUCCUGGUUAUAAGAAAUUCUUGGAACAAUGUGAGAAACAUGAAGAUUUAGCAACUGAUCUUGCCCGUAGUAGGAGAGAAUUCUGA